AUGGCUUCAUCUCUCUGGGUCUUGUGCUCCUGCGUGUGCGUGGCUAUUGUUGCCGCGCUGUCGCCUGGAUUCAAUGAUCCCAUGCCGUACUACACGCUCCCGUUGUUGGAGAUCCUGCAUCCGCUGAACGAUAUGAUGGUGGCAGGUACACAGCUGCAAGUGGAGAUCGAGGUGCGCUCCGAGCUGCUAAGCUCCGGUCUACGUCGCUCCAGGGUCUGUAUCGUGAUGCAGCCAGCCUACGUACCACCCGACGUGGUACUUGACAAUGGGGCAGGCGACAUAGAUGAGACCUGCUUCGAUCAGAGCUUGAACUACACCACCUUCCACGUUGCAGGGCUGAUCCCAGGUCUCUCUUACGCUCUGACUGUCGGGCUCGAGAACGAAGGCAACAUGGUGGCGCUAUCCACACGAACGUUCUCGGUCGGCUCUAUACUAUUACCAGGCGUUGACGACCGCUUGAGCGUUGCUGACGCCCUGGAAGCGGGUGCAGAGCUGCACAAGACUCAGGAUCGCGAAACUGCAUCUGGGAUUUACCGCUACGUGCUGGCCAUUUUCCCAAAUCACGGACCAGCUCAACAUCUUCUCGGUCUGGCGCUAUAUCAGGACGGAGAGCUGCAAAAAGCGCUGCCUUUGCUGAACCAAGCAGUGCAGUCGAACGAAAGCGAGGAGAAUUUCCACAACUCGCUGGGGAUCUGUCUAAAGUCUCUUGGACGCGUAGAUGAAGCCAUCAAGCAUUACCGUCGCGCAAUUGAGCUCAACCCUAUGCAGGUCCAAGCGGCAGUAAAUCUGGGAGAUGCCAUGCAGGCCAAAGGGAAGUGGGAGGAAGCCUUUAAGCAGUACAGCAAACCGACAAAGGCAGAAAAUGUGGCAAAAGAUGCGACAGGGAGGCUGUGCGAGCUCAUCCGCGUCACCGACGGCUGGUACCAUGCCGAUCGCUGCCUAAACGAGGCUCUGGAACGCUGGCCGGACGAGCCAGUGUUUCACAAUGACCGUGGUAAUUUACUGGCAAACGCUGGUCAGUUUGAAACGGCUCGGAAUGAAUAUCAACGAUCGUCGGAGCUUGGUCUUCUUGCAGGCACACUAAACCUUGCCGAGACGUUGGAGGCGCUUGGAGAACCACAGAAAAGUAUUGAUCUUUACAACCAGGUUCUUGGCGACGAAAUCUUCGACCGCUUCCACCCUCGAACGCGGAUUAUGGUGAUGAAAGCGACAGUUUUGCCGCGUGUGCUUCCUGCAACGCAGAAAGAAAUCGACGCGUGGCGUGAUCGUUUUGAACUUGAAGUCGAGGCUUUGCUACACAAUCUGGACUCGCUCGAGAUGACGGAGGUGGACCCCAAUCGGGUUUCUCUAUCUACCGCCAUUACGUUGACAGCUCACAACCGAAACAACCGCGAACUCAAGGCAGCUAUGGGCCAGUUGUAUUGGCAAUUACUGUACCAGCGGCAGCUGAUCCGUGAAGAUUAUGUGGCCAGCUACGGCAUCAUUCCACUGCCGUACACUCAACAGAUGAAGGAUACAGAGAGACCAGAGAUCGGUCCUCGACGCUUGCGAGUUGGCUUCGUCUCGCGCUAUAUCUUCAAUUCGGCUGUGGGUUUAUACAUGUCGGAGUUGAUACCCAAGUUCAACCGAGACAAGUACGAGAUUAUCGUCUUCGCGAUAGGACAAAGCAAGUCUAUGAAGGUGGUCAAGGAAGUCGAGGCGAUUACCGACACGAUUGUUGCUCUUCCGAAAGAUGUGCGCAUGGCUCGAGAGGAAAUUCGGGCGUGGAAAACGGAUGUGCUGAUCUACCCUGAGCUUGGUAUGGAUAAAACGACGUAUUUCGUGUCGCUAGCUCGGCUGGCUCCAGUUCAGGCGGUCUGGUGGGGCAACGCUGACACAUCGGGUGUGCCAACAAUGGACUUUUACCUCACUAGCGAACACGAGCACAGUACUGCCAGUUCGCAUUACUCCGAAGCUAUCUACCAACUCAAGUAA